GCUGACUGACCACGUGAUUUUGCGGAAGUGAGAGUAUCAACACAACAUGAGCAGAGCUUGAGCCGUGUGCUGCAAGAAUGGUGCGCUGUUUUGCCUUAUUUUUCGUCUUUAGUUGCGUAACCGAAGGGUUGUGUGCUCAGGGUUCAUGCGGGGUUCAGUCGGAACCCGGAGCCCCGCAGGCAGCAGCCGGCUGCGGCUGUGAGAACCUGAAGAGAGCCGCUGCUGCUGUGGAGCCUGUGGAGGACAGCACAGCUCCUGCUGACCCCGCUGACAAAUACUCAAAAGGCGCCAAUGAGAGGCCGAGUGAGGCUCAGGGAGAUGAAAAGAAAAUACUGAGUCAGAUGGUGUUGAUUUCUGGAGGAGACUUCUGGAUGGGAACAGACAACCCAGGCAUCCGUGCAGACGGUGAGGGCCCCCAAAGGCCGGUGCACGUGGACUCCUUCUACAUGGACAUCCAGGAAGUCACUAACCAACAGUUCCAGGGCUUCGUCAAUGCCACGGGAUACAUUACUGAGGCGGAGAACUUCGGAGACUCAUUUGUAUUUGAGGGGAUUUUGAGUGAGAAUGUGAAAAAACAAAUCGUCCAAGCAGUGGCUGCUGCCCCCUGGUGGCUUCCAGUCAAAGGGGCCUACUGGAGGCAGCCUGAGGGUCCAGACUCCAACAUCACAGACAGGCUGGACCAUCCUGUUCUACAUGUGUCCUGGGCGGAUGCUGUGGCCUACUGCUCCUGGGCCAACAGGAGACUUCCUACAGAGGCAGAAUGGGAGUACGCCUGCAGGGGUGGCCUUGAAGACAGACUUUACCCCUGGGGAAACAAGUUGAGCCCCAAAGGACAGCACUACGCCAACCUCUGGCAGGGGGAUUUCCCCAACCACAACUCUGCAGAGGAUGGAUACGUCAAAACAUCACCAGUGAUGUCCUUUCCUGCCAAUGGUUUUGGUCUGUAUGACAUUGUGGGGAAUGCAUGGGAAUGGACCUCAGACUGGUGGACUGUGCACCACACCACAGACCAGCAAAACAACCCAACAGGUCCUCCGUCAGGCACAGACAAGGUGAAGAAGGGAGGAUCGUACAUGUGUCACAAGUCUUACUGCUACAGAUACCGAUGUGCAGCUCGAAGCCAGAACACUCCGGACAGCGCAGCUUCUAAUCUUGGUUUCCGAUGUGUCUCUCAGGAGCUACGGUGACCGGACCUACUCGUCUAAAACACAGGGUCCUGGAGUCCAGGUGCUCUUUAACUCAAGUGUUGGCUGUAAAAUAAACCAAUGAAAGGAAUUUAAUAGAGCCUUUCUGCUGUGCCAUCUCACUGUCGUGGAGUAAGGAAUGUCUUAAAUUCCAGCUGAUAUUCACAGGACUGUAAUGUGAUAAAUGAUAUUUUUAUAACUUUAUCAUUUUUUAAGACUUUUUUCCAUAAGAAAUUAAUAGAAAGAAUCCUUUCUGUUCUUUUUACACCUCUGAGCAAAGGUGGGGAGAGAACUGAAUAACUCAAGUUAUUGUUUCUGCUUGGCAUCGGCAGUGGCCAGCUCAAAGAAAUUUUCACUUGUAAAUAUCCAAAAGAUCUUUGUAAGCAGCUGUAUGGGUUGUCAACAAAAACACUGGCUCAGAUACAGACUAAAAGUCCAUGCAAACUAAAAAUGCUGCUGUAAAACGACACUGUGUAUUUGCAGCAAUAUUAUUGUAAAUUAUUGUCAUGUAAUGUUUGCAUCUACUGAUAAAUCUGUGGCAAAUGGGACCCCAAACAAUCUAAUUUAUCUUUUUCUUAAAAAUAAAUAAUUUUCUUAACUAGCCAUAAUAAAAA